AUGCCAUCUUUCACCCGAAGAGUACCAUCUACCACCCUCCCCCCUCCAGCUGGGACCCACCCAUCACCUUCACUAUCAUCCCUCAACCUCUUACCGAGCGGUCUCCCAAGUCUGGAUGAUCUCCUGGGUGGUGGUAUACCCCUCGGAUCAAUAUUCCUCGUCUUAGCUCCCGACACGCAGUCGUCAUGGUCCAAACUCGUUGAGAGGUAUUGGAUCGCACAGGGAUUGAUAUCGGGUCAAUCGUCUUUGGUGGUUGGGACUGAUGAAGAAUUGGUCAAAGGGUGUAUGUGGACUGAAAAGAGCUGGAGGGGAGGAGAAGAGAGUCAAAGUGAAACUGAACAUGAAGGUGAUGGAGGAGAUGAGGGAGAAGGAAAGAAGAUUGCUUGGAGGUAUGAGAAAAUGGGUAAAUUCAAAACUACCGUUGGAGGUAACGGCUCGAACUUAUCUCUGACGAAUACGAUCCCUCAUGAUGUCCUUCAAUCAAUUCAUAAAACAGGUCAACAAUCAUAUAUCAAUCUGGACGAUGACUUGACCACCGAUGCGACUAUCGGUACCUCCUCAAGUUCAAAUAGAUUGAGUAUGGCUAUAUCGAAGAUACAUGGAAAAAUACAUAAAUCAGAUCCGAAGAGAGCUGGUAGAAUCACUAUACACGAAUUGGGCGGGUUGGAAUGGGGUGAUGAGAUUCGUGAAGAUCAAAUCCUUCGAUUCAUCCGUUCCCUAAAAUCCAUCAUACGUAACAAACCCAUCUCAGCUCUGAUCACUGUUCCACCUCAAUUGAUUGCUGGACCUACGAAAGAGAGUUUUGUAAGGAAGUUGAGCUGGAUGGUAGACGCUAGUGUGGAAUUGAAGGGUUUCGCAGAUGAUCCAACACUCCCACCUCUCUUCCCUGCGACUCACGGUCUCCUGACUCUCCAUUCAUACCCCACUUCUCAUACUCUCCUUCCAUCUACCUUGAAACACUCGACUCUAUUGGGAGUAUCGCAAGGUUCGGACGGGGGAGGAGGCGCAGGAGAGAAUAAUCUUGGAUUCAGAUUGAAAAGGAAGAAAUUCGUCAUUGAGACUGUACAUCUGGGCGUGGAAGGUGGCGUGGGAGAAAGAUCGACGGGUCCACCGGAUGUAGUAGCUGCCUUGUCUGGAACUUCUACUCAUCACACAUCGGUUGCGACAAGUACAGGUGAAGUAGAGGGAGUAGAGAAGGGACAGAGUAGUCAGAAUCAGAAUACACAGAUUGGACAAGAAGAGUCAGGAGUAGGAGUGGAUAAACCGAAAGGACCAGAGGGCGAUACGAAGAAGAAAUUAAAACCCAGAGCUAGAGUUAGAUUUGGAGGUGAGGAGGAGAUGUCAGUUAGCGUUAGUAUGGAUACAGGCAAGGAUCAGCAUCAUGAUCAUGGACAUGGUCACGAUCAUAUACAUGAUGAUUCGCAUUCGCAUGGGAAUGAACAGAAGAAGACUAGUCAGAGGGUACAGGUAAGACAUGAUAGACCAGAUUUAUAUGAGUUUUAG